UUUCUCUCAGUUCCUGGUUUUCGGUUCCUGAAGACAAGCAGGACGCUGUGCAGCUGCUCUCUCGCCUGCCUCCGCUACAGACCCGGGCUCUGAAAUGAGCGCUGCCUAACCCCCAGGCGAAGCCCCAGAGCAGAAUCCAUAGCGAUGAAACACUUCUGCUACUUGGAGAAGACCAGCGCUCACUGGGCCGCAUCGCUUCAUUGAAAGGAGACCUUCCUUUAUGCAAAGCAAAUCGAAAGGCCUCUGCCACCAGGAGCUGCGAGAUGCUCAACUCCACCAGCCUGCCGCCCCUGGGCCCGCCCUGCUCCCGCAACCUGCUCCUCACCCAGCAGGUCAUCCCUGGGCUGUACCUCCUGGUCUUCGUGGCGGGCAUCCUGCUCAAUGGUGUGUCGGGAUGGAUCUUCAUCUCUGUGCCCAGCUCCAAGAGCUUCAUCGUCUAUCUCAAGAACAUCGUGGUUGCUGACUUUCUGAUGGGCCUGACCUUUCCCUUCAAGAUCCUGGGUGACUCGGGGCUGGGCCCCUGGCAGCUGAGGGUGUUCGUGUGCAGGGUCUCGGCCGUGGUCUUCUACGUCAGCAUGUACGUCAGCAUCGUCUUCUUCGGGCUCAUCAGCUUCGACAGGUACUACAAAAUUGUGAAGCCCCUCCUGAGCUCACUCGUCCAGUCGGUGGGCUACAGCAAGCUGCUGUCGGUCGUGGUGUGGGCGCUCAUGUUGCUGCUGGCCGUCCCCAACAUCAUCCUGACCAACCAGAGUGUGCGGGAGGUCGCAAAGGUACAGUGCAUGGAGCUCAAGAGCGAGCUGGGGCGCAAGUGGCACAAAGCAUCCAACUACAUCUUCGUGGGCAUCUUCUGGCUGGUGUUUCUUUUGCUGAUCAUUUUCUACACGGCCAUCACCAGGAAAAUCUUCAAGUCCCAUCUCAAGUCCAGGAGGAAUUCCAUCUCCGUCAAAAGGAAGUCCAGCCGCAACAUCUUCAGCAUCGUGUUUGUGUUUUUCAUCUGCUUUGUGCCUUACCACAUAGCCAGGAUCCCCUACACAAUGAGUCAGACCGAAACAGACUACAGCUGCCGGUCAAAAGAAAUCCUGCUCUACGUGAAAGAGUUCACUCUGCUACUCUCUGCCGCAAACGUGUGUCUGGACCCCAUGAUUUAUUUCUUCCUAUGCCAGCCAUUUAGAGAAAUCUUAUGUAAAAAAUUGCACAUCUCAUUUCAAGCUCAGAAUGACUCAGACACUUCCAAAACCAAGAGGGGAAACACAAUGCACGAAAGCACAGACACUCUGUGAACAUCGGCUUCCGGUCAAGCCCGUGAGCCCUGGUGACCACCGCACAGGCACUGCGAAGAGCCACGAGCAGCAAGCAGGCCGUCCUCAGCCGCAGACCCGGCACUGCUGUCCAGAGCCAGCAUGACUCAUUAAACCCAUGGCCGAGAAGCAGGGAAAUGCAAGUAUGUUCCCAAGCUUUUCCGUGACAUCAAAGGGGGGAAAAUCCCUUCUGCGGGUUUUCCAAGUACUGACCACUAUUUUUCUUGUUAAUAAGUAGAAAAAAAAAAUCAUACAUACAGUUAUUCAAUCUUAUUCUAUAAAAUGGCAGGUUUGAAUUUACAUUAACUAGGCUGGAAAGUUAAAGUAGGAUUUUAAAUGGUAAAUAAAGAAAACAGAAAGAAAUCCAAGACAAUUCACAUAGGUGUCUUCUUUCUCCAUAUGCAAGAAUAAAGUUAGUAAUGUAUGUGAUCCUUGUCAACAGCAAUCUUAAAGACCAACCUAAAAACAGGCAGAGUUUGAUAAAAGGCAGUUUGUAGAGAAAAAAAUUAAGCUUUCUCUAAUAUGAAGCAGAAAAUCACUUAGGAAACCCCUUACUCAUGUAUCUCAAGGCAUUUCCAAAGAAAGCAGAUAUGACUUAUGUGCUCUUCAGUAAGAUUAUAAUUUUUUCUCAUGCAAUGUUAAUGAUAUUAGAUGCAUGCUAAGUAUAUCUUAUAAAAGACUUACUAAGGGGCUGGGGUUGUGGCUCAGUGGUACAGCACUUGCCUAGCAUGUGUGAGGCACUGGGUUCAAUUCUUAGCGCCACAUACAAAUAAAGAUUCAUCAACUAAUAAAACUUUUUUUAAAAAAAGACUUAUUAAGUCAUCUAAUGAGCUGAAGUUCUGGUAUUAGACUAUGUCUAAGAGGACUCUACUAAGCAAAUCAGACCCAGCAGGUACUGCCAGCAACUCCUUCUGCUCCACUGGCCAAUAGGAUAAUGGAAAUACACACACAAGAACAGAAUAUUAUUCUCCUGUGGGGUCAGGAGAGAGAGUUUCUUAGAAAGCAAAUGGAUUUGAUAUAAAGAAAAUCUAGCCAAGUGUAGUAGUACACACCUCCCAACUACCCAGGAGGUUGAGACAGGAGGAUCACAGGUCUGAGGCUGACGUCUGAAACUUAGCAAGACUCUGUCUCAAAAUAAAAAUAAAAAGGGUGGGGGGUGUACUUAGGAGCGAAGCACCUCCUUCAUUCAAAGCCAAUAUUAAGGAAAUAAAUACGAAAAAAAAAAAAAGAAAGUCUAAAACAUAAAAUAAGUACU